GCAUCCUCAUCAAACCCAUCGGGAAACGGGAACAUGUAGAGGGGAAAGCACAAGUCGUCCCGGUGCCGCACUACUGUGUUUCUCGGCUGUUCUACUGCUCCACACUACUGGAAUGCACUGCUGCUGAUCUUCUGCUGUUCUCUUCUGUUGUUCUACUGCACUGGGUGUUGGUCGUGCUGCCGGUUGAAGCACUGCUGG